AUGUCAAUUAGUAUUAGUGAUUGGCUCUACAUAAUAAUACAUUUAGGAAUAAAAUAAAAAAUUAUAACUUGCUGUGUUUUUCCACUUCUCUUUUACAUCUAUACGUUGACAGCUUCUUCAGAUAAUAUAUUAUUUGAUUAUUUAUAAAAUUAUAGUUUGAAUGAUUUACCUACAAAAGAAGAAGAAUUUGUCAACUAUUUUAAUUAUAUUCAUAUAAUAAGUGCUCCUUCAUAAAAAAAGAAGACUGUUACUGUUUUAUAAAAUAAAGUAAACGAUCUUUUUGAUAAUAUAGAACAAGUAGAUUUAAGCAUUCAAAAAUGUAAAAAAUUAAUUAUUAUUACAUUUUAGUAUUACUAAAUGAACCAAAUUGUUUCAUAUAGAAUUGCAACUAUUGGUUCUAUGGGAUUUAAUGCAAAUAACUUCAUGGAAGUUUUUCUAAUUAAAAAACCAAAUCAUCAAUUAAGUUUAAAUCAUCUUUUUAUAAAUUCAAAAUUUAGAAGCUGCCUCUUUUAGCUAAAACAUAUAAAUUAUUUGAAUCCUUAGAUAUUUAUAAUUGCACAAUUUCACAGCUAAAUUAUUCUAUUAUCUAACUUGUAAUUUAAGUUUAAA